AUGGGGCCAGCUGAGGGGCCACAGGAAUGUUCGCUGCCUCUGUGCCUCUUUCCAGGGACAGGCAUCACAGUAACACAACCACAACUUGCUCUGAUGGGAGCUGCCACACCCAGUGGCCAGUGUUGGAUGUGGUGGUGGACAGAAAUGUUUAACUGGAGAUUACGAAGGGCCAUUGAGGAACACCAGGACAGCACCCCACUCAAGUUAGGAAACAGAUCAGGUGAACUGGAAAUCAAUCUGCCCCCCAACUCCUUCCUCAGGGAAGAAAAUUGCCCAUCUCUCGAGAAGAGCCACUCCAGCCACCCUUCACCAGCACCUAUCCUCCAGGUGAAUGCCCUGGGACAUAACCGCAGCUCCACUGAACAGAUCCGGGCCCAUUUGAACACUGAGGCUCGGGAGAAGGACAAACCCAAAGAGAGGGAGAGAGACCACUCGGAAUCCCGCAAGGACCUGGCCGAAGAGCACAAGGCAAAGGAGGGCCACCUGCCCGAGAAGGACGGGCACGGCCACGAGGGGCGCGCCGCAGGCGAACAGGUCAAGCAGCUGGCCCGGGUGCGAGCCCCCUACUUGCGGACCCCCGUGGUGGAGAGCGCCAGGUCCAACAGCACCUCGAGCCGGGAGGCUGAGCCGUGCAAGGGUGAGCUGGCCUACGAGAACCCCAAGAAGAGCUCCGACGUCAAGGUGAAGGAGGAGCGGAAGGAAGACCACGACCUGCCUCCGGAGGCCCCACAGACCCACCGGGCCUCAGAGCCGCCGCCUCCCAACUCCUCGUCCAGCGUGCACCCGGGGCCCCUGGCCUCGAUGCCCAUGACAGUGGGGGUGACGGGCAUUCACCCCAUGAACAGCAUCAGCAGCCUGGACAGAAAUUGCAUGAUGACCCCCUUCAUGGGCAUCAGCCCCCUCCCAGGCGGAGAGCACUUCCUGUACCCGUCUUUCCACUGGGACUCUAUCCGGGACCCCCUGAGGGAUCCUUACCGAGAACUUGACAUUCACCGGUGAGACCCGCUGGGCAGGGACUUUCUGCUAAGGAAUGACCCACUUCACCGGCUAUCGACUCCCCGGCUGUACGAAGCCGACCGCUCCUUCAGGGACCGGGAGCCUCACGACUACAGCCACCAUCACCACCACCACCCGCUGUCGGUGGACCCUCGGCGGGAACACGAGCAGGGAGGCCACCUGGACGAGCGGGAGCGCUUGCACAUGCUCAGAGAGGACUAUGAGCACACGUGGCUCCACUCCGUGCACCCCGCCUCCCUGGACGGACACCUGCCCCACCCCAGCCUCAUCACCCCAGGACUCCCCAGCAUGCACUAUCCCCGCAUCAGCCCCACCGCGGGCCACAAGAACGGACUCCUCAACAAGACGCCUCCGACAGCAGCGCUGAGUGCGCCUCCCCCACUCAUCUCCACGCUGGGGGGCCGCCCGGUCUCUCCCAGGAGGACUACUCCUCUGUCUGCAGAGAUCAGGGAGAGGCCCCCUUCCCACACGCUGAAGGAUAUCGAGGCCCGAUAAGCCGAGAACAGGAGCACAAACGAGGAAAAAGAAACCCUAGGCAGACACCAGCCAGACUUCAGAGAGAGAACUCCGCCAUCACUCACACAGACCUGGGGGGAAGCCCCACCUCUUCCCCUUGUAGAAAUGUAUAGACUCAGUGCAGAUUUUGAAAUGUUUUGUAUAUUAUAUGUUGAGAUUUUUCAGCUCUUUUAGCCCAGUCAUAUGUUAUCAUGUCUCCCACUUUUUGUUUCUCGUAUAAAACUUUUUGAUUUGAACCAAAAAAAAAUGAGAAUGAAAAUUGCCCAUCUCAAUACUUGGUACCAAGUGGAAAAGGGGGACAUAUUUCCCCUAAAAAUUCAUAACUACAAGCUGGCUCAUGUGUGAUUUGCAGAUAAAAUUCACUCUACCUGAGUAGUCUGAAAUACUAUCAAGAUAAUGUGGUAGGAAGUGGGUGGGACUGGACUCCAGAGGCGGGGCUCAGCAACAGACCAAAUUGAGGACUAGCUAAAACAGAUGGGGUAGAAGUGCCUUUCCAUAUGACACGGCCACUAGUGUGCCAUGUCAGUUUACCACUGCCAUGGUAACACCCAGAAGUUACCACCCCUUUCCAUGGCAAUGACCCAAUGACCCGGAAGUUACCACCCUUUACAUACAGAAAUUUCUGCAUAACCCACCCCUUAAUUUGCAUGUGAUUAAAAGUGGGUAUAAAUGUGAAUGCAGCACUGCCUUUGAGCUGCUGCUCUGAGCAUGCUGCCUGUGAGGUAUCCCUGCUCCACAAGGACCAGUACCUCUGCAGGUUUAUUAGGAUCUUGGAAGAGUAUAAUGGGGAAAGAAAUAUCUACACUGUUACCAAAUUUUUUUUUCCAAAUUUUUGAGUAUACACUGCUGCUUCAAUAAAAGUUGCUGUUUAACACACUGGCUUGCUCUUUGAUUCUUUCCCGGGCAAAGCUAAGAAUCUUCCCAGGCUAAGCCCCAAUUUGGGGGCUCACGUGCCUUGCAUCAUCUGGUGACCAAAGAAAGACAAUGAGCAAGAGGCAAUGAGUCAGUGAAGACGGUGGCAGUCAGCAGACAGGUGAGAUGGUGAGACAGCAGAGAUGGCAGCAAUCAGUGAUUAGUGGAGAGGUGACCAUUGGGGAGAGACAGCAACUGGCAAGACAGUGAGAGAUUGGCAAGAUCACACAGAGAGACAGUCAGAGAUCACAAAGCAGUCUGUGAUUGAGGCUGCAAGAGCUAUAACACCGAG